GGGGCGCGGCCGCUCCGGCCCGGGGCGCGGGGCCGCUCCGCCGCCGCGGGGGGCGCACGGCAGAUGCACCGAUUCGAGCCCAAAUCACCGUGGGCAAGAGCCGAGGGGCCGGUGGCCGCGUGAGCAAGCCGGCUCUGCGCCAUGCCUCCGGUGGAGCCGUUCCUCCUGCGUUCCAUGACCAUGUGGCUGCUCCUGCAGAGCGUCCUCCUCCUGGCCUCCUGCCUCCGCUCGGCCGCUGCUUUCCCCAAGGGCUGCUACCCCUCGGAGGAGGAGGGGCUGAAGACCUUUCGCUGCAGCAACGCUCGGCUGACCGAGGUCCCCAAAGACAUCCCCAACGACACCAACAAGCUCUACCUGGACUCCAACCGAAUCCCCUUCCUGCCCCGCGACGCCUUUCGGGACCUGCCGCUGCUGCUGGAGCUGGACCUGUCCCACAACGCCAUCGCCGGCGUGGAGAGCGGGGCUUUCCGGGGUCUGGGCGAGCACCUGCACUCCCUGGACUUGUCUUCCAACAGGCUGGUGUCGGUCAGCAAGGACGCCUUCAGCAACCUGAAGGCCAAGGUCAACCUCUCCAACAACCCUUGGCUGUGUGACUGCCGGCUGCAGGAGCUGAUCCGCACGGUGGAGCUGGCGGCCGGCUCCUCGGGCGGCAUCGUCUGCGACUCCUCCGUGCAGGAGGAGCACGUGGGCAAAGCCUUCCUGCAGGUGAUCGCCGACACGGACUUCUGCAACAUGUACAAAAAGACCACGGACAUCGCCAUGCUGGUCACCAUGUUCGGCUGGUUCGCCAUGGUGAUCUCCUACCUGGUCUACUACGUGCGCCAGAACCAGGAGGACGCCCGGCGGCACCUCGAGUAUCUCAAAUCCUUGCCCAGCAAGCAGCGGCGCUCGGAGGAGUCGUCCACCAUCAGCACCGUGGUGUGAGGGACCCCCGGGGUUGUUCCCGGCUGCUGUCACCGCGCAGAAAUCGCCGUGUUUUGGUUUGUUCUGGGGCAGCUGUGGCCACCCGCAGCAAUGCGAGCACCGGGGUCGGGUACACAGCGAGCGGCUGCAGCCAUGGGCAACAAGCACGGGGCGAGCGGGGAGACCCCCAGCGCGCCCCCACCGCACGGUCAUGGCUCCGACUGACCUGGACGUUCGGACUUCAUUCCAAACUUUUUUUAUUUCCUUUGCAGAGAUCCCCUGGGGCAUUAAUGAAAUCAGUGUUUUAAUCCCUCCGGCUUACCCUCUGCCGCCCGAGGGAUGUUCCCGGCGGCACAGGGCGCCUGGCUGCCCGCCCGGGGGGACACGAGCUGGGCAGGACCGACGGACAGGGGACAGGGGGACGCAGCGGUGGGGAAAAGCGAGGGGCGGGCGUGGGUUUCCCCCAGCUCCCGUCCCUCGCGCUGGGCGCUGCGGCCCCAUCUCCCCUCUCCGCCCUCGCUGCUCCCCGGCCCUUCCCGGGUGCAGUGAGGGGCGCGGGGUCCCUCACAGGGGGCUCCCCCGCUUGGAGAUGGGUGCUGGGGGGGGGGUCAAACCAGCACCUCCCGCUCUGAGCCUGCGUUUCUGCGAGAUGCAAACGGGAAACGAGCUCGCCCCGGGCUGAGCCCCGUGCCGAGGGAGGUGGGUGCUGAUGGAGGGGGCCGAGGGCAUGGGGGGAGCGGGUUCCCCCUUGGUGCUCCCCAGGGACCAGCCCAGUGGCACCGCCACCACCGCGGCUCCCACCUCUUACUCAAGGACUCACACGGCUGCGACCAGUCACUGUGACGGCGCUGGGACGGGGACGAAGCGGCCGCUCGUCCGCCUGCUCCCCGCUUCCCGUGCCGCUGGCAGGAGCCUGAACCUCCCCUCACCCUAAAAAGCCCCAACGUCCCUUUUUUGACACUUCCCGGAUUGGGCUGCAGGUUCCUGGUUUCGGUAGGUAGAGAUGGGCUCCGCUCCCACCUCGGGGCGUGCAGGGUCCAAGCGGAGCCUCGGAGCAAAGCCAGACCAGACCCGGACCCUUCUGGCCCCUGAGAGCUGUUUUUUUUGCUGGUUUUGCCCUUUUUUAAACCAACUGAAGCUAAACUGCCUUAACUCACCGAGAGCACCAACCAAAGCUGCUUCAACAUCCUCUGGCAGCACCCGCCCCGGAGCAGCGGGGGCUUUUUAUUGCUGGAUCCUGGCCCUGGCUGGGGGCAGGCAGGGUUCGGGGUCCCCACUCCGUUCCCAUCCCUCCCGCAUCCAGGGCUGGCGGAGGGAGCGGUGCCCGCACCCUCCCACAAGUGCCUACAUCCCCAGCGCAGCCCCGUGACGCACAAACGCCCCCGGCCCAGCCCCAGCCCGUGCGGCCACUGCCCCCUCCCCAUGGCGGAGGAAAGGGGCUGGGGGGAACCGGACCGAGCCCCCGGGGGCACCCCCGGGUGGCUGCUUGCACGCCUGGGUGGGGGCACCCCCGGGACCGUCUGACCCAAUGUGUGUUUUGUUUAAGGGACCUUUCAUGUUCUUACUUUAUACAAUAAAUUGGCUUUUACUUUGGGA